AUGCCCCCAGAAGCCGUCACGAAAGUCGCGCUCCGUCUGAAGUACCAGAUCGAGCAAGUUAUUCCCUGCGAACUCGAAGAGUUCAAAGUCACAAAGGCCAAUUCCCCAGUCAUUACGCGGAAGGUGAUCGCAACAGCCAAGUCAGCAGGCGGGAAAGAGCACGAAGCAUGCGUGGUAUACUGUCUACUAGUCUGCUAUCGCUGGUUCAGACGGCAGGCAAUACUGGAAUUAUGGGAUGCAGACCUCCACAAUGUGCGCGCCACGGCCUGCGAAAUGCUAGCGAAACAGCUCAUUGAGCUGGAAGAGGAUCAGGAUUAUCUACUGCAAGACCUGUUGCUGAAGCGCUACUCGAUCCUGAUUCGAGGCGAGCCCACAGAGCCCGCCAAUGCUGUCGAACGUGCUGUUGACCUGCAUGCUCUGCGUGUCAUUGGCAGCUCAGGCUACCAGAAAUGCAUCACCUACCUCUGGCGCGGCUGGCUCGUUCAAGAUGAUCAAUACCCCUCCAACUUCAUUCCCUGGACCCAAAAAGCUAACACCAAAUACUGGGAUCACUUCGAUCCUGACCGCAUGCGCGCUCCGGUAUAUCAAAACGCCGUGCAAAUCUUCUUCUCCCUCUUUUACCUUGCUCUCUACACCGCCGCCAUCAACACCAUAAAUAGCACCGGAGAUCUAGAUGUUGUGGAAGGAGUACUCUAUAUCAUGACGGCAGGAUUCAUGUUCGAUGAAAUAGCUAAGUUUUGGAAAGUAGGCCGCUACUACAUCGGGUUUUGGAACGUGUUCAACAGCACACUUUAUGCCCUUCUUUGCGUCUCCUUUGUGACCCGUGUCAUCGCUCUAGGCCAUCCUGUCAACGACGAUGCGGGCCAACGGCACAAGUUCAACGAGCUCAGCUAUAAUUUCCUCGCUUUCUCCGCGCCUAUGUUUUGGAUGCGUCUGCUUCUUUACUUAGAUACAUUCCGGUUCUUUGGCGCUAUGCUAGUCGUGCUGAAAAUGAUGAUGAAGGAAUCGCUCAUUUUCUUUGCGCUGCUUAUCAUUGUCAUGGUCGGAUUUCUUCAAGCAUUCAUUGGUCUGGAUCAGGUGGACGACAAUUCGUAUGUGACGGGCUUCAUCUUCAAAGCAAUGUUGAACAGCGUGAUGCAGAGUCCCGACUUUGAGGGGUUCGACAAGUUCGCGCCACCCUUUGGGUUGAUACUCUACUACAUCUUCACAUUCGUGGUGAUGGUUGUGCUCCUCAACAUCCUCAUCGCUCUGUACAACUCCGCCUACGCCGACAUAACCGACAACGCCGUCGACGAAUACAUGGCCCUCUUUUCACAGAAAACUAUGCAAUUCGUCCGUGCUCCCGACGAAAACGUCUUCAUCGCCCCCUUCAACCUCAUAGAAGUCUUCCUCCUAAUCAUUCCCUUCGAAUGGUGGAUGUCCUCUCCUCGCUACGAGCGCCUCAACAAUUACGUAAUGGGUGUCGUGUAUUCACCGCUGCUCUUGAUAACAGCGUGGUUGGAGACAAAGCAGGCGUAUAAGGUUAAAAGGAAUCGAAGGAAUGGGGAGAGCGAUGAGGACGAGGUGCAGGAGUGGGAGCAGAUGAGUGGGGAGUUGGAUCUUGAGGCCGAGGGGUGGACGAAGAGGGUGGAGAGUACGAGGCCGAACGUCGAGACCGAUGUUGCGGUGUUGGAGGUCAGGGCGCUGAGGGAGCAGGUGGAGGAAUUGAAGAAGGUUGUGGAGGGAAAGGACGUGGGUGGGGCCAAUGGGGGUGCUUGA